GCCAGCAAUGCCAGCAGCGAAUUCGACUGGACAAGCAUCACCCCGUCGGAGCAUCUCGAGUACCACGACUGCUUCGAUGGCUUCCAGUGCGCGCGCUUGACAGCCCCCCUGGACUACAGGAACGAGAGCGACCCGCGAACAAUCGCCAUUGCCAUGAUCAAGCUGCCCGCCGCGGUGCCAGACGACGACGCCUCCUUUGCGGGCUCCGUCUUCACCAACCCGGGCGGGCCUGGAGCCUCGGGCGUCGACCUCCUGCUCCAGGACGGCCGAGGCCUGCGCGACGUGCUGGACAAGCCCGGCCGGCGCCACUACGAGGUCGUGUCGUUUGACCCGCGCGGCAUCGGCAGCAGCUGGCCUCGCGCCAAUUGCUUUGCGCGCGACAUGCUCGGCCGCGAUGCCGCGCUGCUGGAGCUGCGGGGCCGCGGAUCGCUCGCCGGCGACGGUGCGCUGCCGUAUGUGCUUGCGCUGCAGCGGGCGAUUGGGCAGCGGUGCGAGGAGGCGGACGAGAGCGGCGUCAAUGGCGGGCAGAUUCUGGGGUACAUGGGCACGCCGAAUGUUGCGCGCGACUUGGUGCAGAUGGUGGACAAGGUUGCGGAGCUGCGUGCGCGGGAGGCUGGUGAGCGCGAUGGUCGCUUGGAGCUGAAGCGGAGGAGUUCACAGGAGGAUACCGAUGAUGAUGUUCCGAGGCUGCAGUACAUUGGCUACUCGUACGGCACGGUUCUGGGCAAUUACUUUGCGUCCAUGUUCCCCGGCCGUGUUGGGAGGCUGCUGCUUGACGGGGUUGUGAAUGCAAAGGAUUACUCCUCGGGACCCGGCUGGUUGACCAACCUCGAGGACACCGAUGAGCUGGCCGAUGGCUUCUUCAGCGGCUGCCACUUGGCCGGUCCCAAGAACUGCGCCCUCGCCCGCGAAAACGACACGGCAGUCAAGGGCCGCUUCUACCAAUGGCUGGCGAAGCUCGACCAAGAGCCAAUCUCCGCAGUCAGUCCUUCCGGCGCCGCCGUCGUCAUCAGCAGCCAGGACAUCCGCGAGCUGCUCGGCCAGGCCCUCUACAGGCCGCGCGACUCGUUCAGGGGCUUUGCAAAGGCCGUCGACGACGCCAUGAGGGGCAACUCGUCUGCCAUUGUCGAGAGGCUUUUCAGCCGCCAGAUCCCCAGGCUCAGGGACGCCUGUGCCGCUGACGGCGGUCCGGAGCGUUUCUUGCAGGAAGCCGGCGCCGGCGUGCUCUGCGCCGAUGGCGAUGACAUCUCGGGCCAUGAUUUGCCCUGGUGGAAGCGCUACGUCCGUCGCCAGGUCGGCACGUCGGCCGUCUACGGCGCCUACUGGGCCAACGUCCGUAUGGCGUGCAAUGCGUGGAACUUCAACUUCCGCCCCAACUGGGUCUUCAAGGGCCCCUUUACUACGCCGCCGGCUGCGUCUUCUUCCGACGGCUCGGGGAAGAAGCAGAAGCCGCUUCCUGGCCAUCCCGCCGCUCCUAUCCUCUUCGUGUCCAACCGUCUGGAUCCGGUGACGCCUCUUGCUGCGGCUCGUGCCAUGGCCGCUCAGCAUCCCGGCGCGGGCCUUCUCAUUGCGGAGGCUCUUGGGCAUUGUGCCAUGGGUAAUGGUGACAGUGCCUGCUUGCAUAAGCAUAUUGCUGAUUACUUUGACACGGGGGUUGUGCCUGAUGGUGAGGCUGUUUGUGAAGCUGACUGCGGUCCC